AAGAAGGUUGAAUGGUCCAACAGUGCAGUAAAACUACUCUUCUCUUGUUGUAUCUCCUUUGUAAUUCUCUAAUGUCAUGAAAAGCAAAACCGGUCAGAGAUCGGGAAGCUUGAAAAAGACCCGUCAGUUUGAAAGGCUAUCAACGACUAUGCUGCAUUUUAAACCAGACUAUCAAAACAAGGAAAAGUUAAGAGAGGAGCGUGAGGCAAAACGUGACCAGCUGGAUGGAAGACAUGACUACAUCCUCGGCAUUGUGGCCUUAUGCCUGGGUCUGGAGGAAUCAGAAGUCCAAGAUGCCAUUCUGGAAGGAAAUCAGCUUGAUCGUAUGGAGCAAUUUUUUUUGGAAAACGGUCUCCCACACCUCAUGCUGUAUUAUCAGGAAACUGAAUCUACAAAAGGAGCUGCAGCCGCACUACCCACCCAGCUUGAUUCCCACCGGCACAAUCACACAAAGAAAGUGUUUGUAACUGAUGGAAAGGAUGUGGCAUUGACCGGCAUUUGCAUCUUCUUCACCAGAGCAAAACCUUUGAGAGCAAUAACCUCUGCGAACAUACACAGUGAGGUGAGCUUCAAUAUGUUGGACGCCACAGAAGGUGGGCUUUUAAAAAGCGUGGAGCAGUUGUUCUCAGACGUCUUCAUCCCCGCACUAAGGGAAACAAACCAUGGUUGGGGUGAAUUGGCCAGUCCCCAGGCUCAGGGUGUAAAACAGGAGUUUAUAUCUUCACUUGAAAGAUUUGUCUCUGUUUUGAAGGGUGCACAGGAGAGCCUACAAGAACUGGUUACUUUGAAGCAAUGUGACGCGCUUGACCUGGAGUUGUUGAAAUCACCUGCGGAUUACAAAGCAGCAGCCAACAACAAAGACACUACUGAAAAGAUAGAAGCCUGCAUGAAAGUUUGGAUCAAACAAAUAGAACAGGUUCUUGCUGAAACUAAACUGCUGAGAAAAGUGACUGAUGACCUCGGGCCCAGGGACGAACUGAACUACUGGAAGAAAAGGAUGUCUAGCAUUAACUAUCUUUUGGACCAGCUGAAAACUCCACAAUUCAGCUCAGUACUAGGUGUCCUUCUGCUGGCAAAAUCUAAACUAAUCAAGCCAUGGCAGGAACUAGACAGAAGGCUUACUGAUGCUGUUAAUAAGGCUAAAGACAACGUUAAUUAUCUCUAUUGCUUAGAGAAGUUUUAUGACCCACUCUACAACAGUGAUCCUGUAUCAAUGGUGGAGGCAAUCCCUGGUUUGAUGAAUGCCAUCAAGUCAAUGUACAAUAUUUCUCCCCAUUACAACACAUCUGAAAACAUAAUGACUCUGCUUGUCAAGGUCACCAAUCAGAUGAUCACUUCUUGCAAAGCCUACAUCACAAAUAAUGGUUCAAAUUCAAUCUGGGACCAACCUCAGCAGGAGGUUAUUGAUAAAAUCAAAGCUACAAUUCGACUAAAUCAGGAAUAUCAGCGGUGUUUUCAUAAGACCAAGGAGGAGCAGGAACAAACUCCCUCUAUGAGAAAGUUUGACAUCUGUGAGGUGUACAUCUUUGGGAAAUUUGAUUCAUUCCAGCAGCGCUUAAACAAGAUCCUGGAGAUGUUUAAGACCCUCUCCACCUACUCUGUACUGCAGGACUCUAAGAGUCAAAGGUUUAAUACCAUAUCCACAAGAUUUCAAACUGCAGAUAUACAGGCAAAAUGGGAGGCUACAGUUAAGACUAUAAAGGAAAAGAACUACAGUUUCCUCGACUACAGGAUGACUGACUUUGAUGUUGAUUAUGAGACAUUCUGUGAAAGCACAUCCUUUCUUCAUAAUCAACUGAAGAAGUUCAUGGGGGAUACAUUAGCAGAGAUUAAGAACACAAAAAGAGCUUUAAAUGAGCUGGAAAAAUUCGAAAGACUUGGCAUCCCUAAUCUUGGGAUUGAUGAAAAGUAUCAGCAGAUCUUGCAGAAUUACGGUCGGGAUCUUGAAAUGAUUUCCAACACCUAUGCUAAGCAAAAACUGGACCCUCCCAUUGCCCAGGAUAUGCCUCCAGUGGCAGGUCGGAUCAUGUGGGCUCGGCAUCUGUACAGCAAAAUUCAGGAUCCCAUGGAUAUCUUCAAAAAGCAUGAAGACAUUCUUUCCACAGUAGAGGCUAAAGUGAUUAUCAGGAAAUUUAACAGAGUAGCCAGGAUCCUGUUGGAGUAUGAAAUGCUGCAUCAUCAAAGCUGGAUGACGAAGAUGGAGAAUACCAAGGUGUGCCUAGAGAUCCCCCUCUUACUUUGGUCUUCUGGAAAGCUGGCUGUGAACUUCAGACCAGAGAUACAUGAACAGAUCAGAGAGACUGACUUCAUGAAGCAUAUGAAUCUGGAGAUCCCUCCUUUUGGUGCUUUCUUGCAGAACACGGGGGACAUACUGAAGAUGAACUGUGAUGAAUUACAGUUUAGGCUGAGUGAAAACACCAGAGUAAGAGCCAAGAUUCAAACUGUAUUUGAGAAACUGCUCAGGCCACAUGUUGCCAAGGUAAACAAGGCUAUCCAGCCUGGUUUGACUUCCCUGACCUGGAUAUCUUUGAGUAUAGACAAGUUAUUAAGCUGCAUUGAUAAAGCAUUGGGAGAUUUGGAGCUAUUAAUAGACAGAGUGAACGAUUUGGUGGAGUUUAGAAUAGAUGCUGUACUGCAGGAGAUGAGUUUAACCACACUGUGUGUUCUGCCAGAGGAACAACCGCUCAGCUGUGAGGAAUUUUUUAAAGCCACCAGGGACUUGUGCAUAAAACAAGCUCAGAAUCUACACCUAAAGAGCACACUGGUGGAGGAGGCUACAAAUGAACUGAUCAACAUGCUGACCGAGUUUGACCAUGAUCAGCAAGACAAGGGGAAAGAUGCAGAAGACAGCUGUAGUGAGAGCAAGACCAAACAACCCUUUAUACUUGAAGGUGAUGAGGGAUACAGCUCUGAAAGACAUCUAAGCUCCAGGAACACAUUUGUACCCCCUGCUGUAUCAGGUCCUUCCUCUCCUUUAGUGAGAGAGAGAAAGAAAAAAGAUUCAAUGGAAGAAAUGGAAGAGGAUGCCCAGGAACUGCUUUCCUACUUCAACCAACGCAAUGUUGACGCUUUGCUCAAUGCUAUACGCAAAACUCUGGAGAUGCUACACAAGCGCAUAAAUACACCUUCAGUUAUGCAUUUCUUGGGUGAGAGUGAGGGACCCAGCCAUGGGAAGCACAGUUAUCAGCAGGCUAUCUUUAAAGCCGAUCUGAACCUGUCUAUACCUAACAUUGUCAUGAUGCCAACUCUGGAGGAGGUCCAGAGGGCUUUAGACAAGGUUGUUGCAUGUGUGGUCAGUGUAAGCAAAGGAGUAGGUGAAUGGAGCAAAGAAAGGAUUACUAAGAGAGAAAUAAAAGAGAACCGAAUGGCGGCCCUUAAACAAGACGGCUCAGAGAGUGAAUCAGACAAUGGAGCAACAACACCAACACACAGAAGUAUGACAGAUGGUACCAGCUCAGAAAUGUCACUGUUUGUGAGUCAAGCCAUUCCUAUCCAAGAAAGAAAUUACUACAAGACUAUAUCUGCGAAUGACGAGAUAGUCAAGCUAAAAUCUGUUCUCAGUACCUCCAUCAAAUCUACCAAGAAGGAAGUGGAAAACGCUCUUAACCGCUUCAGCUGUUACCAUUACAUCUGGAGAAAGGAUCGUGAGGACACCAUUCAAAGAUUUAUCCAGGGGAGCCCUUUGCUAUCAGAGUUUGAGAGCCAGAUCCUUUUUUAUCGUGAUCUUGAACUCAAAAUAAACUCUGAACCAGAGUACAUCACUGUUAAAGCCUUAGCUUUAUUUACAGAAUUGCUGAAGAUAUCCUUCACAGUUGAAACUAAGAACUGGAUGGUGGACUAUGGGCUGUUUUGUAAAAGGAAAUAUCGCUCAGACAUGGAGCAGAUCUUUGCUUUCGUUGAUGAAGCAGGAAAGAAACUGAAUCGAAAGGUCAAAGACCUAGACGAUGUUCGCAUUGCUAUGGCUACCCUCAAAGAAAUUAGAGAGCAUCAGAUUGACAUUGAUUUUCAAAUUGGACCAAUUGAGGAGUCCUAUGCAAUGCUUCAAAAAUACGGACUGUCAGUGGCCAAGGAAGAGGUUGACAAGGUGGAUGCUCUACGCUACACCUGGGAAAAGCUCUUAUCCAGAACUACUGAGGUGCAGAAUGAGUUGGAUGCCUUGCAGCCACACUUCCAGCAAGAACUUAUUUGCAAUGUAAAGACCUUUCAAGAUGACUGUGAUCAAUUCUACCAGGAAUAUGAAAAGGAUGGGCCCAUGGUGAAGGAAUUGGCUCCUCAGGAGGCCAGUGAUCGACUAAUUAUGUUCCAGAAUCGGUUUGACAACCUUUACAGGAAGUACAUAACUUACAGUGGAGGACAGGAGCUCUUUGGAAUUCCGGUUACACAGCACCAUCAGUUGCUAAAGAUUAAAAAUCAGCUGGUCCUGCUGCAGAAGUUGUAUGGCCUUUACAACAAUGUCAUCGAAAGAGUCAAUGGAUACAACGACAUACUCUGGGCUGACAUCAACAUUGAGAGGAUUAAUAAUGAGCUGCUCGACUUUCAAUCAAGAUGCCGCAAGCUGCCUCAUGCUCUAAAGGAAUGGCAAGCUUUCCAGGAUCUGAAGAAAACUAUUGACGACUUUAAUGAGUGCUGCCCCCUGCUGGAGCUCAUGACUAACAAUGCCAUGAUGACACGCCACUGGAAGAGAAUCACAGAGGUGACUGGCCAUACAUUUGAGAUUGAAACUGACACAUUCAAGCUUCGUAACAUAAUGGAGGCGCCUCUGCUGAAGUUUAAGGAGGAAGUUGAGGACAUCUGUAUCAGUGCUGUGAAAGAGCGAGAUAUUGAGCAGAAACUGAAGCAAGUGAUCGCUGAGUGGGACAUCACAACCUUUACAUUUGCCAACUUCAAGACACGGGGAGAGCUGCUUCUGCGAGGAGACAGCACAGCAGAAAUCAUAUCUAGCUUGGAUGACAGUUUGAUGAUUUUGGGGUCUCUCAUGAGCAAUCGGUACAACACCCCAUUUAAAGCUCAGAUCCAGAAAUGGGUUCAGAACCUUUCUAACACCACUGAUAUCAUUGAACAGUGGAUGAAUGUCCAGAAUCUAUGGAUCUAUCUGGAAGCUGUGUUUGUAGGGGGAGACAUUGCUAAACAGCUGCCCAAGGAAGCAAAGCGUUUCUCAACUAUUGAUAAGUCCUGGGUGAAGAUCAUGAUGCGAGCUCACGAAAUGCCCAAUGUUGUGCAAUCGUGUGUGGGAGAUGAGACGAUGGGCCAGCUGCUUCCUCACCUGCUGGAGCAGCUGGAGAUCUGCCAGAAGUCACUUACAGGUUAUUUGGAGAAGAAGCGACUGCUUUUUCCACGUUUUUUCUUCAUCUCUGACCCUGCCUUGCUGGAAAUUCUGGGCCAGGCCUCUGACUCCCACACUAUCCAGGCACACCUUCUCAAUGUCUUUGACAACAUCAAAACCGUACAAUUCCAUGAUAAGAUAUAUGAUCGAAUUCUUGCUGUCUCAUCACGUGAGGGGGAAACAGUAGAGCUGGAGCAUCCUGUCACAGCGGAAGGAAAUGUUGAAGUAUGGUUGAACGCUCUGCUGAAAGAAUCCCAGGGGUCAUUGCACCGAGUGAUUCGACAGGCUUUUCAGGCCAUCCAGGAAUCUGACUUCCAGCUUACUGAGUUCCUCAAUUCUUUCCCUGCUCAGGUGGGGCUGCUGGGUAUCCAGAUGAUAUGGACAAGAGACUCUGAGAAGGCUCUUAUCAAGGCCGCAUCUGAUCCCAAAAUUAUGUCAAAAACCAACUCUUUUUUCAUUGAGUUGCUGAAUAAACUAAUUGAAACAACAACGAAAGAUCUGGAAGCUGUAGCGAGGACCAAAUAUGAGACCCUGAUAACUAUCCAUGUCCACCAAAGGGAUAUAUUUGAUCAGCUGUGCCGGUCACAUAUCAAAAGCCCCACUGAUUUUGACUGGCUGAAGCAGUGUCGUUUCUACUUCAUUGAGAAGUCAGACCUGAUGUCCAUAAGCAUCACUGACAUAAGCUUUAUUUACCAGAAUGAGUUCCUGGGCUGCACAGAAAGGCUUGUCAUUACUCCUUUGACUGACAGGUGUUACAUCACCUUAGCUCAGGCUCUUGGUAUGAACAUGGGUGGAGCUCCUGCUGGUCCUGCAGGCACAGGCAAGACUGAGACCAUAAAGGACAUGGGUCGCUGUCUGGGCAAAUACGUUGUGGUUUUCAAUUGUUCUGACCAGAUGGAUUUCAGAGGCCUGGGAAGAAUAUUCAAAGGUCUGGCACAGUCUGGCUCCUGGGGAUGUUUUGAUGAAUUUAACCGCAUUGACCUCCCAGUCCUGUCGGUGGCAGCCCAGCAGAUUUCAAUAGUUCUUACAUGCAAAAAGGAUCGUAGCAAAAAGUUUACCUUCACCGAUGGAGAGAGUAUCGACAUGAAUCCUGAAUUUGGCAUUUUCCUCACCAUGAACCCAGGUUAUGCAGGUCGCCAGGAGCUUCCAGAAAACCUGAAGAUCAAUUUCCGAUCUGUAGCCAUGAUGGUCCCUGACCGUCAGAUCAUUAUUAGAGUGAAACUGGCCAGUUGUGGUUUUAAAGACAACAUCAAGUUAGCUGGCAAGUUCUUCACAUUAUACAAGCUGUGUGAGGAGCAGCUCUCCAAACAGGUUCACUACGACUUUGGCCUACGCAACAUCCUGUCAGUUCUACGCACCCUGGGAGCGGCCAAGCGGGCUAACCCUGAUGAUACAGAGUCCACCAUCGUCAUGAGGGUUCUGAGAGACAUGAAUCUAUCAAAACUGAUUGAUGAAGAUGAGCAAUUAUUCCUGAGCCUGAUUGAAGACCUUUUCCCUAGCAUCAAACUUGAAAAAGUAGGCUACCCAGAACUAGAAGCUGCCAUUGACAAACAGGUUGAAGGUGCUGGACUGAUCAGCCAUCCUCACUGGAGGCUAAAGAUUGUUCAGCUGUUUGAGACUCAGAUGGUUCGACAUGGUAUAAUGGUCCUUGGGCCAAGUGGAGCAGGAAAAACCACAUGUAUACAUACACUGAUGAAAGCUUUGACUGAGUGUGGUCAACCUCACAGUGAGAUGCGGAUGAACCCCAAAGCUAUCACUGCGCCUCAGAUGUUUGGUAGAUUGGAUGUGGCGACAAAUGACUGGACUGAUGGCAUCUUUUCUACACUUUGGAGGAAAACCUUGAAAGCAAAAGGAGGAGAGCAUAUUUGGAUUGUGCUGGAUGGACCUGUUGAUGCCAUUUGGAUUGAAAACUUGAACUCAGUAUUGGAUGACAACAAAACUCUGACAUUGGCAAAUGGAGACCGUAUACCAAUGGCACCCAACUGCAAGGUGGUUUUUGAGCCGCACAACAUUGACAAUGCCUCUCCGGCAACCGUGUCACGUAAUGGCAUGGUGUUCAUGAGUUCAUCUGUUCUAAGCUGGAGCCCAAUUCUGGAGGCCUGGUUGAAGAAACGCUCUCCACAGGAGGCAGCGACACUCAGAGAAUUGUUCUCUUCUUCCUUCUCUGAACUCUACCGCUUCAGUUUGCAGUCCUUAGAGUUCAAAAUGGACAUGUUGGAGGCCUUUGUCAUCAAGCAAUGUAUAAAUAUGCUGCAGGGGCUAAUUCCUCCUAAGGAGCAGCGCGGGGAGUUAUCUAAGGAGCACCUGGAGCGACUUUACGUCUUUGCCCUGAUGUGGAGCUCUGGAGCUUUACUUGAGCUUGAGGACCGAAGGAAGAUGGAGACCUGGCUUAGAGCAAAUGACAGAAUCAGUUUAAGUUUGCCAGACAUUCCUCCAGACAGUGAUAACACCAUGUUUGACUACUAUGUCACAGAGGAAGGUCACUGGGUCCACUGGAACACCAGGGUUAUCUUUUAUCCAUCUGAUGUCACCCCUGAUUACAGCUCUAUUUUGGUCCCCAACGUUGACAGUGUUAGAACAGACUUCCUUAUUCAGACUAUAGCAAAGCAAGGCAAGGCUGUUUUGCUGAUUGGAGAGCAAGGAACAGCCAAGACUGUCAUGAUCAAAGGCUACAUGUCUAAAUAUGACCCUGAAAGCCACAUUAGCAAAAGCCUCAACUUCUCCUCUGCAACUACACCUCUCAUGUUCCAGAGAACCGUGGAGAGCUUUGUGGAUAAGAGGAUGGGGACGACUUACGGCCCUCCUGCUGGGAAGAAAAUGUCAAUUUUCAUAGAUGAUAUUAACAUGCCUGUCAUCAACGAAUGGGGAGAUCAGGUGACUAAUGAGAUCGUCAGACAGCUGAUGGAGCAGAAAGGCUUUUUCAACCUAGAGAAGCCAGGAGAGUUCACCAGUAUUGUUGACAUUCAGUUCCUGGCUGCUAUGAUUCAUCCAGGAGGAGGGCGCAAUGACAUUCCUCAAAGGCUCAAAAGGCAGUUCUCUGUCUUUAACUGCACACUUCCCUCCAAUGCCUCCAUAGAUAAGAUAUUUGGUGUGAUUGGAGAGGGCUACUUCUGCAGUCAGCGUGGUUUCAGCUCUGAGGUUCAGAGCACCAUAAAGAGCUUGGUGUCCCUAACCCGUCAUCUCUGGCAGAAGACAAAGCUCAAGAUGCUUCCGACCCCUGCAAAGUUUCACUACAUAUUCAACCUUAGAGACCUGUCUAGGGUAUGGCAAGGGAUGCUUACAACUACUGCUGAGGUAGUCAACUCUGAUCAGGUAUUGCUGGCACUGUGGAAGCAUGAGUGCAAACGUGUAAUAGCUGAUAGAUUCACCAUGCCUGAUGAUGUGGAAUGGUUUGAUCAAACUCUCGCAAAGCUUGUGGGAGAUGAGCUUGGGGAUAAAGCCAGGAAAAUGGUGGAUUUUGGAGUAGACAGAUAUUUUGUUGACUUCAUAAGAGAUGCCCCAGAAGCUACAGGAGAAGAACCAGAAGAUAAAGAUUUUGAUUCACCCAAGGUCUAUGAGCCUAUUGAAUCAUUUGAGAAUUUAAAAGAGCGUCUGAACAUGUUCCUCUAUCUUUACAAUGAAAACAUAAGAGGGGCUGGCAUGGACAUGGUCUUCUUUCAAGAUGCAAUGAUUCAUCUGAUCAAGGUCUCUAGAAUAAUUCGGACACCAGGAGGUAAUGCCUUAUUAGUGGGUGUUGGAGGCUCUGGCAAACAGAGCCUGACCAGGUUGGCCUCAUUCAUAGCUGGAUACCAAACCUUCCAGAUAACUCUGACUCGCUCAUAUAACACCACUAACUUAAUGGAGGACCUGAAAAUGUUGUACAAAACAGCAGGUCUGCAGGGAAAAGGUGUCAGCUUCAUCUUCACUCACAAUGAAAUCAAGGAUGAAUCCUUCUUGGAGUACAUGAACAAUGUCUUGUCAUCUGGAGAGGUGUCCAAUUUGUUUCCUCGUGACGAGAUAGAUGAGAUCCUCAGUGAUCUCUUACCUGUUAUGCGACGAGAGUUUCCAAAGCGACCACCGACCAAUGAAAACCUGUAUGAGUACUUCAUGUCACGGGUCCGACACAAUCUCCAUGUUGUUCUAUGCUUUUCUCCUGUUGGGGAGAAGUUCCGCAACCGGGCGUUGAAGUUUCCAGCACUGAUAUCUGGCUGCACCAUGGACUGGUUUAGUCACUGGCCAAAAGAUGCACUCGUUGCAGCUUUCAGAUACCGGCGCUCCACCCAUGUAACCCCCAAGUCCUACCUCUCCUUCAUUCAAGGCUACAAGACCAUCUAUAAAGAGAAGAGAUCUGAAGUGCAGACACUGGCCAACCGGAUGAACACUGGCCUGCAAAAGCUAAAAGAGGCAUCAGAAUCAGUGGGAGCUCUUAGCAAAGAGCUGGAAGAGAAAGAGAAAGAGCUACAGGUCGCCAAUGAAAAGGCCGACAUGGUUCUCAAAGAGGUGACUGUAAAAGCUCAAGCGGCAGAACAGGUAAAGGUCGAGGUACAGAAAGUAAAAGACACGGCUCAGGCCAUAGUGGACAACAUUUCAGCUGACAAGGCCAUAGCCGAGGCGAAGCUGGAAGCAGCACGGCCAGCACUUGAAGAAGCAGCAGCUGCACUUAAAACAAUCAAGCCAUCAGACAUCGCCACUGUGCGAACUCUAGCACGGCCUCCCCACCUCAUCAUGCGCAUUAUGGACUGUGUGCUGAUACUCUUCCAGCAACGGGUUAAUAGGGUGAAGAUUGAUCAGGAAAAAAAGUGCAUUACUCCCUCCUGGCAGGAGUCCCUAAAACUCAUGACAUCCGGAAACUUCUUGAAAAGACUUCAGCAAUUCGAUGUAAACACCAUUGAUGAGGAAAUGGUGGAGCUUCUGAUGCCCUAUUUUGAGGCCCCAGACUACAAUAUUGAUGCAGCCAAGAAGGUGUGUGGUAAUGUCGCUGGUCUUCUCUCCUGGACCAGAGCUAUGGUUGAAUUCUUCUCUGUCAACAAGGAAGUUUUACCCUUAAAGGCCAAUCUAGUCAAGCAGGAGAGCCUUUUGGACGUUGCCAAUGCAGAACUUGAAAAAGCACAGGCUGAGCUGGAUGCCAAGCAGGCGGAGCUGGAUGUGGUGCGAGCAGAGUAUGAGAAGGCCGUGAUGGAGAAACAGGGUUCCCUAGUGGAUGAUGACAGCCUGAUUGAUGUCCUUAAGAACACAAAGCAAACAGCUGAGGAGGUCACUCAGAAGCUGCAGAUCGCUGCAGAAACCGAAGUUCAGAUAAAUGCUGCUCGGGAGGAAUACCGACCAGUGGCCACUAGGGGCAGCAUCCUGUAUUUCCUUAUCACUGAAAUGAGUAACAUAAAUGUCAUGUACCAGACCUCAUUGAGGCAGUUCCUGGGACUUUUUGACCUUUCUCUUGCGAGGUCCUCCAAAAGUCCAAUCACCAGCAUGCGGAUUGCUAGCAUCAUAGAAUACAUGACCUUUGAGGUGUACCACUAUGCAGCACGGGGUCUUUAUGAAGAACACAAGUUCCUUUUCACCUUGCUUUUGACUUUGAAGAUCGAAAUGCAAAGCAAUAAAAUCAAACAUGAGGAGUUUCAGACACUCAUUAAAGGCGGUGCAUCUCUGGAUCUGAAAGCCUGCCCUAAGAAACCAGCCAAGUGGAUUCUGGACAUGAGUUGGCUCAACCUUGUGCAGCUCAGCAAACUCAGCCAGUUCUCUGACAUACUGACUCAGAUAAGUAAUAAUGAGAAGCAGUGGAAGCUUUGGUUUGAUAAAGAAGCCCCGGAGGAGGAGGAGCUUCCCAACUCCUGUGACCAGUCUCUGGACUGUUUUAGGCGGCUGCUCCUUAUUCGCUGCUGGUGUCCCGACAGAACCAUCGCACAGGCUCGUAAAUACAUAAAAAAUGCAAUGGGGGAGAGGUAUGCUGAAGGGGUGAUCCUUGACCUGGAGAAGAUGUGGGAGGAAUCCGACCCACGGACACCUCUUAUCUGCUUCCUUUCAAUGGGAUCAGAUCCUACUGACUCAAUCACUGCAUUUGGGAAAAAGCACAAGAUUGAGACCAGAUAUGUCUCUAUGGGACAAGGACAAGAGGUCCAUGCCCGUAAGCUUCUACAGCAGAGUAUGGCUAAUGGUGGAUGGGUCUUGCUCCAGAACUGCCAUCUGGGUCUAGACUUCAUGGAUGAACUGAUGGACACAGUGACAGAAACAGAAAAUGUCAAUAAGAGCUUUCGCCUUUGGAUCACCACAGAGGUCCACAACCACUUCCCCAUCGCACUUCUUCAGAUGUCGAUAAAGUUCACCAACGAACCACCCCAGGGCCUCAAAGCAGGGCUUAAGAGGACGUAUGGAGGCAUUAACCAGGACCUUUUGGAUGACACUAACACGGUCCACUGGAAGCCAAUGGUGUACGCUGUAGCAUUUCUUCACAGUACAGUUCAGGAGAGGAGAAAAUUUGGCCCUUUGGGAUGGAACAUUCCGUAUGAAUUCAACCAAGCUGACUUUAAUGCCACUGUCCAGUUUGUCCAGAAUCACCUGGAUGACAUGGACAUAGAUAAGGGUGUUUCAUGGAACACAGUUCAAUACAUGAUCGGUGAGAUUCAAUAUGGUGGCCGUGUGACUGAUGACUUCGACAAACGUCUCCUUAACACCAUUGCCAAGAUCUGGUUCAGGGAGGAAAUGUUUGAACCCACCUUUAAUUUCUACAAGGGCUACAGUAUCCCCAAAUGUUCCAGUGUGGAACAGUAUCUCAGCUACAUCCAGGGUCUUCCAGCCUAUGACACACCUGAAGUGUUUGGUCUCCACCCAAAUGCAGACAUAACAUUUCAGAGUAAACAGGCUAAAGAUGUGCUGGAUGCCAUUCUCAAUAUUCAGCCAAAAGACAGCUCCUCAGGAGGAGGGGAGACCAGAGAGGCUGCGGUGUCCAGACUGGCUGACGACAUGCUGGAGAAACUGCCUCCUGACUACGUACCAUUUGAAGUACAGGAGCGUCUUCAGAAGAUGGGUCCCUUUCAACCCAUGAACAUCUUCCUCCGCCAGGAGAUUGAUCAGAUGCAACGGGUCAUAGCUCUGGUCCGAAACACUCUAAUGGACCUCAGGCUGGCCAUCGAUGGGACGAUCAUCAUGAGCGAGAACCUGCGUGAUGCUCUGGACUGCAUGUAUGAUGCACGCAUUCCUGCACGCUGGAAGAAGGCAUCAUGGGCCUCCAGCACCCUGGGGUUCUGGUUCACAGAGCUGCUUGAGCGGAACCACCAGUUCCAGGCUUGGAUAUUUGAGGGCCGACCUAACUGCUUCUGGAUGACGGGCUUUUUCAACCCGCAGGGCUUCCUGACAGCAAUGAAACAGGAGAUUACUCGAGCCAACAAAGGCUGGGCCUUGGACCGCAUGGUGCUGCGUAACGAGGUAACCAGGUGGAUGAAGGAUGACAUCAACAACCCGCCUGGAGAGGGGGUGUAUGUGUACGGUCUCUACCUGGAGGGGGCCGGCUGGGACCGCCGCAACUGCAGACUUGUAGACUCAAAGCCCAAGGUUCUCUUUGAGAUGAUGCCGGUGAUCAGGAUGUACGCAGAGAAUAAUGGAGUGAGGGAUCAACAGAACUAUUCUGCUCCAAUUUACAAGAAGCCAGCAAGAACAGACUUGAACUACAUUGCAGCUGUGGAUCUUAAAACUGUGUUUCCUCCAGAGAAAUGGAUCCUCAGGGGUGUGGCUCUGCUCUGUGAUGUUAAAUAAUUUCUUUAUCUUCAUUAUAAAUAU